AUGCAGAGCACGGACCUGGGCAACAAGGAGAGCGGCAAGAUAUGGCACCGCAAGCCGUCCCCAGCCACUCGGGAUGGAAUUAUAGUGAACAUCAUUCACAACACUUCUGAUUACCAUCCAAAAGUUUUGCGAUUUUUGAAUGUGGCUUUUGAUGGCUCAGGUGAUUCCUUAAUUGCUGGGGACCAUCAAGGAAAUAUUUAUGUUUUUGACUUGUAUGGAAAUAGGUUUAAUCUUGUUCAGCGAACAGCACAAGCUUGCACAGCUCUGGCCUUUAAUCUUCGUAGGAAAUCUGAAUUCCUUGUGGCAUUAGCUGAUUAUUCUAUUAAAUGUUUUGAUACAGUCACCAAGGAGCUAGUUAGCUGGAUGAGAGGACAUGAAUCAUCAGUAUUUUCCAUCUCUGUGCAUGCAUCAGGGAAAUAUGCCAUCACUACUUCUUCUGAUACAGCACAAUUAUGGGACUUGGAUACCUUUCAGAGAAAAAGAAAGCUGAAUAUUCGCCAGUCUGUGGGUAUACAAAAGGUUUUCUUUCUACCAUUAAGUAAUACCAUCCUCAGCUGUUUUAAAGAUAAUUCUAUCUUUGCAUGGGAAUGUGACACACUGUUUUGCAAGUAUCAAUUGCCAGCUCCACCUGAAAGCUCUAGUAUAUUAUACAAAGUGUUUGCUGUGACAAGAGAUGGCCGAAUCCUGGCUGCUGGAGGCAAAUCAAAUCAUCUUCAUUUGUGGUGCCUGGAGGCUACACAGCUCUUUAGAAUUAUUCAGAUGCCUACUAAAGUUCGAGCCAUUCGUCAUCUAGAAUUUCUUCCUGAUAGUUUUGAUGCUGGUUCUAAUCAGGUUCUUGGAGUACUAAGUCAAGAUGGUAUUAUGAGAUUUGUCAAUAUACAAACUUGUAAACUUCUCUUUGAAAUUGGGAGCCUUGAUGAAGGAAUUAGCUCCUCAGUAAUUAGCCCACAUGGACGGUACAUUGCAUCUAUUAUGGAAAAUGGAAGUCUAAAUAUAUAUUCAGUUCAGGCUUUAACACAAGAAAUAAAUAAGCCACCUCCUCCUUUAGUGAAAGUGAUUGAAGAUUUUCCCAAGAAUAAACUGAGUUCCGCUGAUCUCAAGAUGAAGGUAACAUCAGGAAGAGUACAGCAGCCAGCAAAAUCCAGGGAAAGCAAAAUACAAACUAGAAUAUUAAAACAAGACCUGACUGGUAAUUUUGAAAGUAAAGAGAAUGAAUUGUCAGAUGGAUUAAACAAAAAGCGUUUACAAAUCUUAUUAAAAGGCUAUGGUGAAUAUCCAACAAAAUACAGAAUGUUCAUUUGGCGCUCUCUGCUACAACUGCCUGAAAAUCAUACUGCAUUCAGUAGCCUCAUAGACAAGGGUACUCAUGUGGCAUUUCUCAACCUUCAGAAGAAAUACCCCAUCAAAAGCAGGAAACUACUCAGAGUAUUACAGAGAACCCUAUCUGCAUUAGCUCACUGGUCUGUCAUCUUUAGCGACACACCAUAUCUUCCACUCUUGGCAUUUCCAUUUGUAAAAUUAUUCCAGAACAACCAACUCGUCUGUUUUGAAGUUGUUGCUACUCUCAUAAUCAAUUGGUGUCAACAUUGGUUUGAAUAUUUUCCUAAUCCUCCUAUCAAUAUUCUUAGUAUGAUAGAAAACGUUUUGGCAUUUCAUGACAAACAACUGCUGCAACACUUCGUAGAUCAUGAUGUAACUUCCCAGCUGUAUGCGUGGCCUCUUCUUGAAACUGUGUUCUCAGAAGUACUGACAAGAGAAGAAUGGCUCAAAUUGUUUGAUAAUGUCUUUUCCAACCAUCCUUCAUUUCUCCUGAUGACUGUUGUAGCCUACAACGUAUGUUCUAGAGCUCCUUUGCUCAACUGUAAUCUUAAAGAUGAUUUUGAGUAUUUUUUUCACCAUCGGAAUAACCUGGACAUCAGCGUUGUGAUUAGAGAAGUUUAUCGUCUUAUGGAGACCACGCCUACUGACAUUCAUCCAGACAGCAUGCUCGAUGCUUUUGUUGCACUGACAAAAGGGCAAUAUCCAGUAUUUAAUCAAUAUCCAAAGUUUAUUGUGGACUAUCAGACACAGGAACGAGAAAGAAUAAGGAAUGAUGAAUUGGAUUACUUAAGAGAGAGGCAGACAGUUGAAGAUAUGCAAGCUGAAGUAGACCAGCAAAGAGUCGAAGAUGAAACUUGGUACCAGAAACAAGAAUUACUUCGUAAAGCUGAAGAAACAAGAAGAGCAAUGCUCUUACAAGAGGAAGAGAAGAUGAUUCAACAAAGACAGAGACUAGCUGCUGUGAAAAGAGAGCUGAAAAUAAAGGAAAUACACUUACAAGAUGCUGCAAGAAGGCGUUUUCUGAAGCUUCAGCAGGAUCAACGAGAAAUGGAACUGAGAAGACUGGAUGAUGAAAUUGAAAGAAAGGUACAUAUGAGAGAUCAAGAAAUUGCUACCACAGCCAAAGACCUGGAAAUGAGACAGCUGGAACUCGAAUUACAGAAAAGACUUUAUGAGAAGAAUCUUACCAGAAAUCAAGAAGCUGUUGCAAAAGAAAUGCGAGAAGAUGCAGAUGUCUGUAGACGGAAAGUGGAUCUUGAAGAACAUAUGUUUCAUAAACUGGUAGAAACAGAUCAAAGUCAGAUCCAACAAACUCAGAAGGUUAUUAAAGAAAAUAUAGCAAAAGCUGAACAAGCAUGCCUAAAUAAUGACUGGAAAAUUCAAACUUUAUAUAAACAAAAAUGUGAUGAUCUACAGCGAAGUAAAUGUUACCGGGAAGUAGCCAAACUCCUUCAGGAAAACAGAAAGAAAGAAACAGAGGUAUUAAAUGCAAUGUUGGAGGAGGAAGCCAAGAAGUGGAAGGAAGCUGAAGAAAAAGAGUUUCAUCUGAGAUCAGAAAAGAAAGCUGCUGCUCUGUCAGAUGCAUCUAGAAAGUGUUUUUUAAAUCAGGAGAUAAGUGCUGCUGUAGAACAUACUGCAAAUCCGUAUAAUAAAGAAGCACCAAGGUUCCAAAAUGAACAGGUGGCCUCAAGCUGUUUGCCUAGAACCUCACAAUUAAAUGACAUUUCUGAAAUGGAUCCCUCAGCACACAUUUCUUUAAAUCGAAGAACGAUAGAAUGGGACACUACAGGACAGGAUCUUAUCAAGAAAGUAAGAAAUCUUCGCCAGAGACUCACCGCCCAGGCUCGUAACAGAUGUCAAACCCCUGGUCUUUUGGCUACAUAGAAGGCGUGUUGCCUUAAGAUAGUCACAGAGAUACCUAUUUUGCAAUCAGUGACACUGAUUUUUAGAUUGUUUAUUUAAAAUUCCUAUAAAGAUCGGCCUUUUGUACAGAAAAAUGUGUCCAUAAUUAUGUGUUUUAUUUAAUUCUAAUUUUUGGCUUGUAAAUGGCUUCUUAAACUUUUCACAAUAAAAAUGUUUGGAAACUAUUAAA